ACUCAAAACCAUCGUCGCCAAUCAAAUCAAGGUACCUUAAUGUUCGAGAUAAAAAAAUAAAAGAGAAAAGAAAUGAAGUUGUCAGGUGACAGAAGCAGCUUUAUCUUCUUUUUCUGACCCCUUUCAUAGUAAUGAUUCCGCAGCUUGUUACUCUCUUCUCUCUCAAAACAAAACUUGAAUCCAUCCAUACUCUACAUACCCCUUGCCCUUGCUUUGCUUCUUUCUUUCUCACAAGCACCAGCAGCACUCAAAUCAAUCAAUCGUUUUUAAUGCCCUUGCUUCUCCCUCUUUCCGUGUGUAUGUAAAAUCUUUGUUUUUAUCAGAGGUGGUGCAGAAAGUUGUAUCUCAGAUCCCUAUAUACACCGAAAACGAUACAACUGUGUGCUGUGUACACUGUGCACUGUGCUUCUCCCUCUCUCUCACAAAAUCAUAAUCAUUUUACAUAUUACACCUAUUACCGAAUAGAGUGGUCCUCAACCUCAACCUAAAAGCCUCACUUUUUUUGUUUUCCCCGAUAACCCUAUUCAACCCAAUCCUCCUUUCCCUUUUCCUUUGACAAAAGGAAAGGAAGAAAUGCAAGAACCAAGCUUGGGAUUGAUGGGUGAGGUCUCCGGCGAUCACCACCGUCAGCUGAAGGCGGAGAUAACGACUCAUCCGCUGUACGAGCAGCUUCUGGCAGCACACGUGGCAUGCCUCCGUGUGGCCACCCCGAUCGACCAGCUUCCACUCAUCGAUGCUCAGUUAUCUCAGUCUCACCAUCUUCUACGCUCUUAUGUCUCACACAACACUCAUUCUCUCUCCCCUCAUCACCGCCAAGAACUUGACAACUUCCUGGCACAAUAUUUGAUAGUUCUGUGUACUUUCAAAGAACAGCUUCAGCAACAUGUAAGAGUCCACGCCGUCGAGGCUGUCAUGGCCUGCCGUGAUAUCGAAAAUGCCUUACAAGCUCUAACUGGAGUGAGUUUGGGAGAAGGAACUGGUGCAACAAUGUCAGAUGAUGAAGAUGAUUUACAAAUGGAUUUUUCUUUAGAUCAAUCUAGCGCGGAAGGGCAUGACAUGAUGGGAUUUGGUCCAUUACUUCCUACAGAAUCUGAAAGGUCAUUGAUGGAAAGAGUUCGCCAGGAACUAAAGAUUGAGCUGAAACAGGGUUUCAAGUCAAGAAUUGAAGAUGUCAGGGAAGAAAUAUUAAGGAAACGUAGAGCUGGGAAAUUACCAGGUGACACAACUUCUGUGUUAAAGAACUGGUGGCAGCAACAUGCAAAGUGGCCUUACCCAACUGAAGAUGACAAGGCAAAACUUGUGGAGGAGACAGGGUUGCAGCUGAAGCAAAUUAAUAAUUGGUUCAUCAACCAAAGGAAACGCAACUGGCACAGUAACUCUCAAUCGGUUACCUCUUUGAAGUCGAAGCGCAAGAGGUAGACAUUAUUUUGUCCCUAACUAUGUGGAACAGCUAGCAAGCAACACAACUAUAUAUAAGGACAUGCUUAAUAUUGCUGAUAGAGUGUAGUCCCACUAAGGAUGCAAAAGAUAGUAGAUGCAUGUGGGUUACUGUAAUAUUGUAAGAUAGCUGAAACAAAUUAUAGACUGGCUGUAAAUUUGUGGAAUUUAACGUAUGCAAACUUUUCUUUUAGGUGUGGUUAAGUUGCCUCUCUUUUUAACUAUCUUUGUAAAUUGUUUGCUACUUUUCUGACCGGCGGGAGAAUUAUUACUAUUCCUACUACUACACAGAUGAUUGAAAGAUUCUCGGUUCUUUAUAUAUAUGCUCUUUGGUCCAA